UUUUUUGGUUUACUUAAUCAUAACCUUAGACUGCCUAUCUUUUAAUUUUUAACCAAGUUUGGUUACCUAUCAACCCAUGUGCGUCUGUUUGCAAAAUGCAGAGGUUGUUCUACUCCAUUAUAAAAGAAAAUGUUACCUUGCCUGUAUGUAACGAGUCAGGGAAAGGCGUAAGCUAAAUUGUGCCCAUUGGACUGCAAGCACAAUCACACAAUAGUUGCAGAAUGUUUGUUAUAGCUAUACUAGGUAAUGCUCAAAGAUUGGUUGUAGCAAAUCUUGAGUAGCUCACAAAGAAUGAGAUGGGCCUGUGGGCCGCCUGCUUGGAUGAUAGUAGGAUAAUAAAACUCGGAAAGGCCCAACUCCAACGUCGGUGCUUCCUGGGUUUGCGGCUUUACCUUCGCUCCACUUCUGUUCCCCAAAUUUGAACGACGCCGCCCGACCUGCGAUGGUUCCCCAGUUUUAGUUCCUUCAUUUGUUGAUAGUUCUACUCGAAAUCCCCAUUUCAUUUUCCUCCUCCAACAGCCCAAAGAACAACCAAAGCAGCAGAGGAAAAGUGAGGUGAGGAAAAUGGAUGAGGCGAACUCGUACGAGGAGCAGCGCAGGAGGCAGAUCGAGCAGAACAAGCGCAAGCUGGAUGAGCUGCGGGUGCACAAGCUCUCCGCCGCCGUCCGCCAGGCCGCCGCCAAGCCCAUGCAGGCCAAGCUGGUGAUGCCUCGGAAUCCGAGGCUGGACGCCCCGACCCGAAGGUCCGGCCGCAUCGCCAGCCUCCUGGAGCAGCCUGACUACCGCGUUAGGAAGGCGAAUGGCGAUAUAAAGACCGAAUCACCUGAUCCAGUUCCAGUGUAUGCGACCGACGAAGAGAGAGCCUAUGCAUUCACCAAGGCCGAACAGCUCAACGGCCAGCUGGGCUCCGACCACCCAACCUUCAUCAAGCCUAUGUCCCACGGUUCCGCCAAAAAAUUGAGGCAUCUGAAUAUCCCAGUGCACUUCAGGCAGUAUCUCCCCGUGCAUGAUGAGACGAUGGUUCUGGUGGAUGAGGCGAAUAACGAGUUUGACGUGUUCUACCGUAUCAGCCACGAUCAUCGUAUGCAUCUUAACGGGUGGAGAGCGUAUUCUGCUUACCAUGAGCUGGCUGAUGGUGACUGCUUGGUGUUCCAGCAGAUAGAGAGGAGAAAAUUCAAGGUUUAUAUAGCUAGAGCGAGUUCUUACAACAAAAAUGACCACUGAUGGUGCGAGCUGCCAAUAGUGCCAGCAGAGAAGGUGUAUGCAUAUUUUCAAUUGCGAAUUGGGAUGGGCAGCUGAGAACAUGGCGCACUGUUUUUUUUUUCGGAAUUUGGAGGGUGGCAGACUCAACCUAAGGAGACGUACAUGAGCAUUUGUUCCUUUGGUCAAAGUGUUAGCCAAGAUGAAAAGCUUGGAUGAACCAGUUGAUUGCUCUGUUGCAAAAACUGAGCCUGGUUGUUGUUGGUUAACAAACUUGCUCGAUUAGUAGUUCUUUUAGUACCCAAUGUUUGUAGUUUAGAUGUUUGCAUUUCCUCUGUCGGGUCAGUCAGAUGCCAUGAACAUUGAGAAUCAGCAGCUGCAACGCGAAUCUGCAGCAAGAAACUGCGCAUGUGGUGCAUGCGCUCCAACUGCACAGCGAGAAUUAAUCUCAAUGAAUUUGUUAUUUCUUCCCCGUUUUAAU